AUGCACAGCCAUGAGGACUCAGGAUCCCCCAUCAAGCAGCCGUACGAGGGAGAGAACAGGCUGGAGAGGGCCCGAUCCGAGUCUUCUCAGAGCUCAAGCCCGGCCUCCCCGCCUCCGGACCAGAUCUAUGGAAGGUUUUCCGCCAGCCACGUCCUCCACGCCGAGAUGGACCCCUACCAGGUCUCCCCCUCAGAGAAAUUCGGCUGCUACGGCUGCGAGGAGGGCAUCCUCGGGGGCGCCCCCGGCGGGAGGUUCCUCAAGAGCAGCCUCCGGGCCCCCUUCAACCCCUACAAGAGGCAGCUGGUGGAAGAAGCCUUUCCGGAGGCCCACCUGACCGUGGAGGGACCCCCGUUCAAAACGGCCAGCCUGGAAGGCUAUGAGGAGAUGGCCGGGACGGCGGCGGGCGGAGAGGCCGAGAUGUAUGCCUCACACCUUCCAGAGCUCUCUGCGGAGCCAGCCUGGUGCAAAGCCCUGCGGUAUAACAGCGCCGGCCAGGAGCCCGAUCCCCACACUAUGGACACAGACAUCAAACUAAAGACAGCCCCUGUGGAAGAGCAGCCUGGCCUUUACUGCUACCAGCCGCACGUCCCACCAACGUAUUGCGCCUCUCACGCCUUCCAUCAGUAUCCUGCCGGGAGCAGCGGCUACCCCGUCACUUACAUCUCUGCCUCCCCGUACCCCUACCAACGGAUCACGCCCCACGGGGCUCCGGAACACCCUCAGCCUCUCUUCCCGAAGCCCAUCUACUCCUACAGGCUCAUCUUCAUGGCCCUGAAGAACAGCAAAACCGGAAGCCUCCCCGUCAGUGAGAUUUACAACUUCAUGACUGAGCACUUCCCUUAUUUUAAGACAGCUCCAGAUGGGUGGAAGAAUUCCGUCCGGCACAACUUAUCCCUAAACAAAUGCUUUGAGAAAGUGGAAAAUAAGUCCGGAAGUUCCUCCCGAAAAGGCUGCUUGUGGGCCCUGAACCCGGCCAAAAUCGACAAAAUGCAAGAGGAGCUCCAGAAGUGGAAAAGGAAGGACCCCACCGCCGUCCGGAAAAGCAUGGCCAAACCAGACGAACUGGACAUGCUGAUCGGAGACAAGAUGGAGAAGCUGAGGUCCACCCUCGCGGCCUGCAGCUCAACCGGUGUGGGGAGCCCCUCCACAGUGUCUGGACAGAUGAACCUCCAGCACCCUUCUCUGAGCUCCAACUGCCGUCCGACAGCCCUCAAAACGUCCUCCUUCCCCACAGAUGCGCCCAAGAGGCCCCGAGGUCAAGAGUCCCCUCUGCCGGCUCAGAGCCCUCCCGGGCGGGGUGGGGCAAAAACGCUGAUGGUGCCAGCCCGCUUCACUCAGGAUGUGGCCAUGCCCGAAGGGGAUCUGAGCAACGACAUUGACACCCUCAACCCGUCGCUCACUGAUUUUGACCUCCAAGGGAACCUCUGGGAGGAGCUGAAGGACGACAGCUUGGCCCUGGAGUCCAUGGUCCUCGCAGCGGCCACCUCCUCCUCCUCCUCCUCCUCCCCCCCACACUUUGAGCAGUCUUUCGCCACCCCGGGGGGUGAGACGGACGACAACAACAACACUACCGCCACCGCCAGCAGUGACGUGGGCAGCCACCCAUGCGCUCCGCCCCACACGUUGCCGGACAUCCACCUCACGACCCUAUACUCUGCCUUCAUGGAGCUGGAGACGGGCUCGGCCCCCUUCUUGAACAACCCCGGCUCCAAACCCAUCGCCCUCGUCUAAGACCUCCGGGCCACGUCCACCCUUUUCCCAUGC